AUGUGCAAUAUGGCGGAAUGCGUAGUGAGCUAUUUAGUAGCUAAAUGGCGUACUGUUGUCUUAGGUCCUUGUUUAUAUGUGAGAUAAUUGUUUGAAAUUGAAUUUUCUGUGUUGUGCCGAAUUGCUGCCGAUCAUAGUUUGUUUCGUUUGACUAGUUAAGUUUAAGACGGGAUCGGCGGGAAACCAUAUACGCAGCGGAAUUUGUUUAUACGUUGCUUAGGGAGGACAACAUGUGAAACUCGAACUUCGAGCGCACAAGGAAAAUGAUAAUCAUAGAAGCUUUGAGGAAAACUUAAAACAUAAAUGAACAGCGAAGAAUACGAAAUGCAGGCGUUCCGGUCAAGUGCUGCGAAAAUGGAACCAUUGUGCUUACCUCCACCGCCGCCACCACCCCCUCUACCUCGGCCUUCUUUCAUGCCACCACCUCCACCUCCUCUCUCGCAGGCACCAAAAAGGUAUGAAUCCGCAGGAAGCAGCCCAGUUGUUCGGCCAGUACAGAACCGCUUUUUAAAGCCGCCAGAUCAGCGCCCAUUCCAGCGCCCGCCGCAUUUACCAUUUUUACUUCCACCUCCUCCCCCCAAAUUUCGUAACCACGCACAUCGACAACAUGCGUCGCCAGCUGCACAGUACAGGGCAGUGUCACAGAGCACUUCAUUGCAACGAAGAAAUCUGGAAGUCAAUGAUAACUCUACAUCUGCCACCAUACCGGCUGCGGAAGAAGAGUCUUCUCAAUUAAAAACACCCACUGUGAAAGAAGAGACAGGGCCCACUGAGCCUGUUGUACGAGAUGACAUGGAAGAGAAGUCCUGUACUUCAGAGGACGUCAACAUGCCUAAUAAAACAACCAGAAAAAGGCCGUCUGAAAAAGAUUCGGAUAACUCUUCUGGAUUACCCAAAGAAUUAACCCAGAAAUUUGGUCCUCUCACCUGUGAACUGUGUUCAGUUUCUGUAAAUUCAACUGUACAAGCAAAGAUGCAUUACUCAGGGAGGCAGCAUGAAAAGAAAGUUCAUAGUUUCUUAUUGAACUGGUCAAAGGAGACUGGAGAGCCAUUGCCAAAACAGUUUAAAGAUGGCCCACCAAAGAAAAGCAUUCCAGAUGUUUCCUUCUGUGAAGUAUGUAAUGUUGCCCUUACGUCAACUGCACAUGCGGAGCAGCAUUACAUGGGACGCAAUCAUCGAAGAGCACUUGCAGGCCAUGCUGCAGCGAAAGCAAAGGUAGAACAGUGUGCAGUUCCUACUACUGAUCAGACGGGAAGAUUUGGGAUUGGUACACAGUUUCAGCCAUGGUCAAAUGCAGAUCCACUAGUGCUUAAAGCACCUGAACCAGAUUCACCAAUUCAGAAAACCAAGAAGUUUUUCUGUGAACUUUGUAAAGUGGCUGCCACUUCACAAGACCAGUUGGAUAUGCACUUACGGGGUGCAAAACACAGAAAAGCAGAAACUGCAAAUAAACAGAGAUCAACUGUGACAAGUACAACUCCACAGGCUACUCAGUCAGAUUCAAUUCUUGCAAGUGUGAUACAGAAUGAAGAUGGCACACAGAGUUCCGUGGGAAAAGACUAUUCUAUUUAUAGAACACCAUCUGGUUAUUAUUAUUGCCAGCCAUGUAAUUUAACAUUAAACUCUGAAGCACAGUUCAUUCAGCAUUGUGAAAGUAAGAAACACAAGGUUAAAACAGCAACAGCGAAAAAGCCUGUUGGCAGCCCUUUGAAAGCUGGCAAUGUUGUUGCCUAAUUUAGUGUUACAUAUGGUUAUACAUGUUAUUUUUUGUUUAUCUCCACCUGUUAUUCAGAAGUAGGGUCAGAUUUUGCACCUUUAAAAGUCUGAGUUUUUGACAAAGUACAAAACAAAAUGAGAUAAACAGGUUUAUCUUCCAAACAAGAAAAACAUAAGGUUAUGAAACGUAACAGUUUCUUGAUACAUGAAAAUGCUGAGCUUUCCCUUGAAGUGCGCAGACUGCGUCAGAAACUUGAAGGAAACGAUAUUGUGACAAGGCAGCUCAGUCGUGAAGUUGGAUUAGUUGAAUUUGCCCAAGAUGCUGCAGAGACUGACCCGUGAUAUGUCUUAAAAUUUCCUAUAAAUGCAGAUUUCAGGCAAUUUUGGUAGAACCUUUUCCACAUACAUUCUGGCAUUAAGCUUCAGACAUUUUCAUUUAAUUGACUGUAAGUACCAAAUGAGUUUCAGGUUACAUGUUUAAGGUUUGGGUUACAUAACAUUUAUUAUGUAUGAACAGAUAAAUUUUUUGAAGAAGAGGAAAAAGCCUUUUAGUGAAGGUUAAUAGCCUUUCCAUCGUUGUUACAUCGUAGAACCUUCAAGAAAGAAAUUACUAAUGGAUGUUAAUGACGUGCUAUUAUUUCUCUGUGUCAAGUGAAUGAUUCUAACUUCCAUUUCUGUUUAGCCUUCAGGACGUAAGAACCAAUGUUCUGUUACUUUUCAUUGAUGGAAUAUUCUGAAUUCUUUUUUAGGAAUGUUGUACUACCAGUAAUUUAAAGAUAUUUGAUUAUAAGAUGAGUUGUAAAAGUAUUUCCAACAGUGUUUUUUUUUUUUCUUUUUUUUUAAAAUUAUGUUGUAAAUCUACAGAAGUAAAGGUUUAUUAUUGCUCAAAAAGGUUUGUCAGUGAACCAUUAAUUUCUCAGUGGAAUAGAAAAUUGAAACUGUGCUGCUUAGAUAUUGGAAAAUGUGAUACAUGUAGAUUGUUGUAGACAGAGAUUUGUAUACGGUGAUGCCUCAGGUUAACGGUGUCACUAAACUAAAUUCAUUGCAGUUUUGCAUUUGUAAGCUGCCAGAUUAAGGGAUACUAAAUGGAAGAUGAAUGUGCAAAUAUGUAACUGAUUCAUCAAUGGUUGGAUUAUUAAAGCAAUGACUUCAGUUUCAGCUGUAUAAUCUCAUGUUGCAGAUACAGUGGUUCUCAUUAUCUUUUGAUCCUCUUGUUUUUGAAGUGAGGCAUAAAUGGUACUUGAUUUUCUGGUUCGUCACUCUUUCCUGUGGGCCCAUUCUAUUUGUCAAGAAUUUUGUCGGAGAACUGGACACAAAAACGGAAUUAUCUCUGGCAUCUAACCAGUGACAGCAUGGCCCUUCUGGGUUCAGACAAUAAACAGUACAUGUAGUUUCAUGUACCAUGUUAAAAGAGAGAGAACUUCUAUAAUUGCUAACCAUUUGUGCUUUGAUUGUACACUUACUACUUAAAAUAAGCUCGCGAUAGUUAGCGCCCUGAAGCUUCUUUAACAGAAUGAAUGAACUCACGAAUAAUGAUACUGCAGAGCAACUUUUGACAUCAACAUAUUUUUCAUAUCGGUAUGGUUAGUUCGAAUAACACAUUAUGCGACAACAUAUUGUGACAGCUGAAUGUUCAAAUGGAACCACACUACGCAGUCAUCAAACACUAUAAUAUAAAUUGUAUUUUUUUUAUUAAUACUUAUGAAGCAGUUGACAGUUACAUUGUGUGUAAAACAGGAUCAUCAAUGUGCUUGGAGACCCUAAAACAUUUCAUCAGUCAGUUUCAUUGAAAAUGGUCAAGAAAGUUAGUAGAAAUCAUUGGAGUCUUACUUAUAAGUUCCCAUCUAGUUGAUUUGUUUUUCUUUGAUUGGGAGUAAUCUAUACCUUCUGGAUGCACAUACGCUGAUUCAAGCAGACUGUCAGUGCAUUUACUGUCAACAUAUUGAUAGUAAAAUACCAUUUUACAACAGUGUGCAGUAAGAAUAUUGUGUAAACUUAAGUGCUAAUAUAUUUAUUUCCUUAAUUUUAUUUAUGAUAAAUUAUAAGAAUGAAUUUGUGAUGAACAUUUAAAUCCUCAACCACAAUACCAGAAGCAAAAAUAUUAUUUGAUAGAUUUCCUCUUACUUUCUAGGGAUCUGAAACAUAGAAACUGAGUAUGGCAGAGCAAUAGUCACAACUUUUUUUAAAAAGUAGCUGUUUUUGUUCUAAUAUACACAAAACUCUGAUAUAUAACGUAAUUUUAAAAAAUUAAAAUUGCCUGUCACAUUUAUGGGAAAUACGGAAGCGUCUGAUCCCACCCAUGACGUCAAAAAUAUGGCGGAAACAAAAACACACACACACUUUCCACAAGAAGCCUAAUGACACUAACGGACAAGCGCGGGAAAUGGGGUGU